AUGUCGGAGAACAUCCUCUUCGAGAACAGCUUCAAGAUCACCGACCUCAACGACACCAAAUAUGACAGAGUCUCGCGCAUCAAGGCCUACAGCGAGGGCGAGCAGGAAGUCCUUCUGACCCUCGACGUCAACACCGAACUGUACCCUCUCAAUGUCGACGACCGCAUGACGGUCGCGCUGGCCCUGUCGCUGAAUCUCGACGGCAGCAAGGAUGACGGGAAAGGGUGGAGGGAAAUCGGGAGGGGAGAACAGACGCUGGCUGACGAAUUCGACUAUGUCUGCCACGGGAAAAUCUACAGGUUCGAGGAAGGCAGCGGCGACAACAUUAAGCUAUAUGUCUCCUUCGGCGGCCUACUACUCUAUAUGGACGGGCCCUACGCACUGCUCAACGCACUGAGAAUCGACUAUGUGUACCUGUUGAUGAAGAAAUGA